AUGACUCUCUGGGCUAUCCUAGGGAUAACUCUGUUCGUGUACAUUUUAGCUCUUAGAAAACGGCUUAUCACUCCCAACCCUGCUGUCUAUGAUUAUAUAGCCAAGAACAGCUCCGAUGAAGAGCUUUCGCAAGUGACAAUCCCUACACCUGAUGAUAUGGCGAAAGCUAUGAAGGCGGCCGGAGGGGCAACCGGGAAGGCUUAUAUAGUGGUUGGAGGAGCGGGAAACGUUGGACAAUGUCUUGUCAGGACACUGCUUGGUCGCGGGGAAACGCUGGUUCGCAUCAUUGAUGUCGCCCCGCCCAAAAUAUCUGGAGAUCCAAAUGCCCCACAUCAUAUUUCCCACGCAGAGUUUAUCAAAGCAGACGUAACCGAUUACAAGUCGAUCCAAGAAGCCAUUUCUAGACCUUUCGGAGACACUGGGCGCACUGCAGAGGCCAUAUUCCACACUGUCGCAGUCAUCAGGAACUAUGAGCGGCUACCAUACCUGAAACAUCUUAGCCACCGAGUUAACGUGGAGGGAACCAAGAACGUUCUCAAGGCUGCACAAGAACUCGGAACCGUUAAAUCAUUUGUGUACACAUCCAGCAUUGCGAUUCUUGUCCCUCCUGCAUGGUAUAUGCGCCUUGGAUACGAGAACGGCCUGGCGCCUCGCAAGGGGGUUGUGUUUGGUGACACCAACCCGGAAGACGUAACAUGUGCGAACAACUACUACCUUCAUACUAAACGCGAAGCGGAUAUAUUUGUACGUGCCGCGGAUGGAGUCAAGGGCGUUCGAACUGGAGUUCUGAGACCAGGAAUGUCUAUCACCGGACCCCAUGACAUUUGGGUAUCUUUUUAUUUCACUAACCCAGGGCCUAAUCUUGUUUGGGGUGGAGAGUACUUUCAGAAUAUAGUAAACCCAUGGGAUCUUUCUCGAGCGCAUGUCCAAUUGGCGGACGCAUUGCUUAAUAACCCAAAGGAGAGUGCCGGCCAAGCAUUUGCUAUCACAGGACAGACAAGAGCCCAUUCAUUCGAUGAGAUCCGACGCAUGAUCCAGUUCUAUAGUCAACGAGAUUUGGGAUUUAAACGGGCUCCAGCUCUGGCUCUAUAUGCUAUCUCACAUUUAUUAGAAGCGUUCUUUCUCAUUCGCUACUUUUCCCUCAAACUUUUGUCUAAAGUUACUCGACUUGAGACUACGUACGUUCCCAAGUGGGCUGUGGACACUAAGAUGACCUUUCUUCAACCUAUGAUGUGGGACCUGUCAUUCGCCGACGUAAUUGUGGACGAUUCGAGAGCGCGGAAGGUCUUGGGGUAUCGCAAUUAUUGGUCCACCGCGCAAACUAUCAAGUGGACAGUAGACGAUUGA